AUGAUAAAUAAUCUUAAGGGUUAUUUUUCCAUAUACUCAUAGCCUUAUACGAACAUAUAACAGCACACCUAAGUCAUAAAUAUUAUAUCCAUUUACUAACUCUUCGAUAUGAUUAUCUCAACUAUUGAUGUAAGCACUUAAAAGGUGGAUGUUGCAAGAAUAAUGUUAAUAGUGAGAAUUAUUGUUCAAGCAGGGUUAUUGGUUUUAUUUUGGUUGAUUUUUAAGUUUUUAAGAAAAUUUAGAAAUGGAUUUCUAAAUGUUGCUACUUUUACAUAUUUUAUUUUACUUUCUAUUUGCUGGACUGAAACUGACUAUUAUUUAUUUUAUGAAUUGAAGAAACCCUAUGCUAGUUAUACAGCAGAAAUCUAAACUCUUAUGCUUGGUUUGGUGCUAUUGCAAGAAUCUCAAAUAUGCUAAACAACUUCUCUAUUAUUUUCGCUAUUAUACUCUCUUUUUCGAAUCUAACUAUUCUAAAAUAAAAUCGAUAUUCUUUCUUCAAUUAGGAUAGUAUUAAUACACAUAGCAUUUUAAAUAUAUUUGUUGUAAUUGCCAUAACAGAAGAAGUAAUUGAACAAUCAACUUGUAAUGUUGGGUCAACAGUCCAACAACUAUCUUCCCAUACACAGCAACAGACAAUCUCAACCAAAUUAACAAUGGCGGAUUUCUACAUACCUGAAUCAACAAGAUUACGAGAUCAAGAACAGAAAUACAUAACAACUUAAAGAAAACGAAGUCGUUAUAUCUGAAGAUAACAGACUGGACACAGAAAGGUAAAGCUUGGACUAGUUUUAUGAAAAUGUCUUAAAUAAUAUAUAAAUAGGAAUAUUUGUUUUAGACAACUUAUAAAGUGCAGUUAAGUCAAUCAACCCUUACAUGUCACAUCUAGUACUAAAGGAUGAUCAAUUAAGUGACGAAUUCCUGAAUUCAGAGAUAUUUGAUUUCGGAAUUGCCUUUGAAGACAAUUUAACGGUUUUACCUAAAUUCCACAGAAGCAAAGACAUAGCCAAUUUUAUCAAAUUCAUGCAAACUCUUGAGUAAAGCAUAAAUUAUGAAAAUGGAAACAUUGGACUAAAAGAAGUGUAAUUUUUUCAUAAAUCCAUGAAAAUUAAAACUUUAAUUGAACACCUGAUUCCGUUUUAACAUUUCAAAUUCAAUCAAUGUCAAAACUUAAUAGAUUUCUCUCUUAAAAUAUACCUGAAAUAAGAUAAUCUAUAUACCAGUGUAGUGCUCUCCCCAAUAUUGUAAAGACACAAGCCUUAGUUAGUCUUAUUUGUAUCAGACCUUACUGAAGAACCAUUCAUGACACAAUUGAAUUAGUUUAAUUAAAAUAGCGAUAUAUUAGUCUCAGACAUAUCAUAGAAAAUUAAGUAACCUUUGAAUUGCACCAUUUCAAUGCUGGAAAUAACAAUACAUUCUGUUCCGUUUGAAAUUCAGGAAAAGUUUUUAAAUCCAGCCCUUGCAGGUUGUAAAUUAUUGAUUAGUACAGCCAACGAUAUUUUAGACUAUGUCACUAUUAGAAAAAAGGGAAAACUGGAACUAUGUCAAAUGGAUGUUCACAUAAGGGAAUUCGUAACUGAUUCAAUAAACAUAAUAAAAUCACAGGCAUUAUUCAGAGGACUAUAGAUCUAAGUUAAUAUUCGGCAUAAUGUCCCUGCUUUUUUUAGAACAGAUCCUAAUAGAUUGAGAUAAAUCCUAUUAAAUUUACUAGUAAGUUCAAUUCAGGCAACAAUAAAUGGAACAAUUGUAGUUUCAGCAAACAAAUCAAUUUUGAUGCAGGAUCACAUUGAACUUAUGAUAAAAGUACAUGCAUCAGAAAUGAAUUAAUCGGUGCUAAAAACUAUUGAUAAAACAGUGAGAUUUUUUAAAUCCUAAAAUUUGAUGACAUCUACAAUGAUCGAUUUGGCAAAUGCAGGUCGAAAAUAUAGUCAAUCUAUUUUGAUAGCAUUUUGUUUAUCCCUUAGCAUUUCUACAAUCCCAUUCGAAUAUCAUUAUGAGAAAAACAUAGAUCAUGAAGAGAUUUGUUUCAUUAUUUAAAUUCAAAACUAAAAUCCAACCUUCUCUUAACAAUUAAAUUUCAAACGAUAAUCUGCUCUCAGCAUUCAACAAUUAAACUUUAAACAGUCUUAUUAAAUUGAUCAAGGAUUCAAAAGAUAUUAAUCAUCAGGAUAAGGUCUGUAUGAUAAACCCAGCAUAACAAUUCAAGGGUAAAUGGAAAAAUAGAAAUUGAAACAAUAACCGUUACAGUAAUAGAAAUUGCAGUCAUAAUCCCAAGGUUUAGGUAAUCAACCCUAAAAAAAAGAUUAGGCAAUGAAAUUAUCAACAUCCUUUGGAUAAUAAAAUUAGUCUCGUUUCAUUGUACCGAGAACAUCCCAAGGAGAUAUUGAUAUUGAUUUUCUACCCACUUUUAAAACAAUAAAAUCUUAGGAUCAAAGCAGAAAGAUUAAAUAGGUGAUUUCUCACUCGAAAUCAGAUAUAUCAAUAGUGUCUGAGUAGGAUUCAAAGGAAUCAAAAGGGGCAAAGGAGAGUUCUCAUAAUAGUUUAGACUUAGGAGUUCAACUGGAUUAAUUUUUAUACAAUAAGACUGGGAAAAUAAAUGAAGAUGAUUCUCCUUUGGUAAUAAUGUAAUAAUCAAUAAAUUACACUUACAAUAACAAUAUUUCGAACAACAAAAGAGACUCAGUUCUAACAUUUGGGGGAAGAUCAAGUAUCUUCUCAUCCAUGAGAUAUUCGGCUAGUAUAAUGUAACCAAACGAUUUAAUAGACUGUUUUGAGAAGAUGGAAAAAAUUAAACAAUAAAAAUACACCUAAAAAUGCUAAUGUCCUAAAAUUCUGAUUUGUGAGUAAAACGAUUUUGAUUUAUAUGCUGUCUCUCAUUAGCUUGGUAAUAUUGGAAUGAAUUUUGAUUACAUCAUGUAGAGAACUCAAAUACACGAGAAAUUAAAAACUGCGUAUGAGGUUGAAAAGUCUUGUUGCAAGGGAUACUAAUUGAUAUUUAUUAGUGUAGAGUAUGUCGAUGAAGAAUUAGGGGAACAGUGUAACUUAAUUAAAAACAUCAACUCUCAAUUUAAAAAGGAAGCUCGGAUUAUAGGAUUAAUAGGGUUUCAGGAUGAUGACAAUAGGAAUGCUAUAAAGAAGUUGCCAUUUCAUGAUUUCUUAUCAAAACCAUUGAUGAUAGAUGCGUUAUUGUUUAUAUUAGCUAAGUGGGUGAAAUUGUGA